UGCUCUCCGAGUCCAAGUCCUUGGGCUCGCUCAGAGAUCCUCAAGCCGGAGCAGAGGUGGCUGGCAAGCCCUGCCGAUUGUUGGCCUCUGCUUUCUUUCCACUGCCUCCUUUUCUCGGACGGGAAUCGCGGCUGCUCUGAAGGGCUGAGUCCUGGACAGUAGGGUGCCACGAACGCGCUGAUGCCCAGAGCGCUCGCAGGGCUUCCAGCUAACCAUGCCACGGCCGCCCGCAGCCGCCCUGGCGCUGCCCUCGCUACUGCUGCUGGUGGUGGUGCGGACGCCGCCCCCGACCGGCGCGCGGCCGUCCCCAGGCCCCGAGUACCUGCGGCGCGGCUGGCUGCGGCUGCUGGCGGAGGGCGAGGGCUGCGCUCCCUGCCGGCAGGAAGAGUGCGCCGCGCCACGGGGCUGCCUGGCCGGCCGGGUGCGCGACGCGUGCGGCUGCUGCUGGGAAUGCGCCAACCUCGAGGGCCAGCUCUGCGACCUGGACCCCAGCGCCCACUUCUACGGGCGCUGCGGCGAGCAGCUUGAGUGCCGGUUGGACGCAGGCGGCGACCUGAGCCGCGGGGAGGUGCCGGAGCCGCUGUGUGCCUGCCGCUCGCAGCGCCCGCUCUGCGGAUCCGACGGCCGCACCUACGCGCAGAUCUGCCGCCUGCAGGAGGCUGCCCGCGCUCGGCCCGACGCCAACCUCACUGUGGCGCACCCGGGGCCCUGCGAAUCGGAGCCCCAGAUUGUGUUGCACCCAUAUGACAUCUGGAACGUGACGGGGCAGGAUGUGAUCUUUGGCUGUGAGGUGUUUGCCUACCCCAUGGCAUCCAUCGAGUGGAGGAAGGACGGCUUGGACAUUCAGCUGCCAGGGGAUGAUCCCCACAUCUCAGUGCAGUUCAGGGGUGGACCCCAGAGGUUUGAAGUGACAGGCUGGCUGCAGAUCCAGGCUGUGCGUCCCAGCGAUGAGGGGACCUACCGCUGCCUGGCCCGCAAUGCUCUGGGCCAGGUCGAGGCCCCAGCUAGCCUGACAGUGCUCACGCCGGACCAGCUGAACUCUACAGGCACCCCCCGGCUCCCGUCUCUACAUCUGGUUCCUGAGGAGGAGGCUGAGAGUGAAGAGGGCGAGGAUUACUACUAGGUCCGGAGCUCUGGCCUGUGGGGGUGGGUGAGUGGGAAUAGUAUUCAUCCCUGCUCUUGAAAAGACCUCAAAGGGGGAGCAGGGCCCUUUAAUGACUUUCAUGCACUUGACAGGGGAGACGUGGUGGUGGUGGUGGUAAGUAGGAAGACAAAGUUGGAGGAUAAGGAGAGAAACAGAGGCUGGGGGUGGUGGGAUGGGAUGCAAAGGGGCCCACGGACAAAGUGCCCUGGCCAGGACAGUCUGCAGUGUGGACCCACCAGGCAGAAGA